ACGUGAUGGGGUGUAUGGGUAUACCAGCUACAGUGUGGUCCCUCACUACCUCUACCAGUGCUUUACUGACCACCAUGACUUCAGCUACCUCCUUUCUGCUCCUCCUGAUGUUCCCUGGCUCUUAUGUUGCUGGGUUGGACUGCACAUUGAGGGAGGACGAGAUCGCGUGCUCCUCGGAGGCCAAGUGUGUCAAGCUUCGUUAUGUGUGUGACGGAGACAAUGACUGCGCUGGGGGAGAAGACGAAGACCCCGACCUCUGCUACGUGUUUAAAUCUCAUUACACAUGCGAGAAGGGUGAAGUGAACUGCCGUAGGGGCAGUCAGAUGGAAUGUAUGAGACUACUUAACUACUGCCAGCAGACUGAUCCACCUUGCCAGGGAGACGUUGACCCAAAAAUGUGUAAGGUGCUGCUGGACAACACUGUUCAGACCUUCACAUCUAUAGUUCUGCCAGCCGACGAAGCUCCUGUACAGAGUUGGCGGAGAAGCGAGCUGUUGGGAGAGGACCUGGUAGCCAACCUCAACAAUACCAUCAGCCACCCUGACUGCCCUGAUAUGUACACCGUCGUCGGAGAUCAGUGCCUCUCUGUCUUCUCUGUUGGCAAGGUGAGCUGGGGAGAGGCGCGGGCCUUCUGCAAGGUGAUCAACGGUGACCUCCUCACCUUCAAGAGCGUCAGCCACUUCUCCACUGUCAUCCAACAUCUUCAGCACAACCAGCUGACGACGGACUUCUGGGUGGGUGGUCGACAGAUGGAGAAGAGAGAUGGAUGGACAUGGAUAGAUGAGGUACCCAUGGUGUUAGGUUCCCCUUACUGGGCUGUUAGACAAUACGAGGAGUGCCAGACACGUAACUUAACUACGGCAACGCAGACGACGCGCGCUGCUAACAGAGCUACCUGCUACCACUAUCGUCAGGCUCCCGAGCACAACGAACUGGGCUACUGCGCGUCCCUCUCCUACCAGCACUACUUCUACAUGACUGAUGAGGACUGUCUCCUGCAGAAGAGCCCUCUCUGCGUCACCGUUUAGAGCAUUAAAUCUCCACCGUAAGAACAUAAGAAAUAAAGAGUACUGCAUCAGGUCUACUGGCCCAGUGCCAGGCAGGUCCAAAACAACCGCUCAAGAUGGAAGGAACACUGCAGUAAGCCUACUGGCCCAAACUAGUCAGGUCCAACUCACACCCACCCACACCCAGUCGUGUAUUUGUUUAACUUAUUUUUUAUAACUGCACAACGUUUUAGCUUCAAUGACGUUACUUGUGAGUUUAUUCCACUCAUUGACAACUCUAUUACCAUAGCAGUGCUUCCCAAUAUCCAUCGCUAGAACUAUCGUCUGCAUGUCCCGUGUAUCUUCUCUUUGAAUACUGUAUUAUCCCCCGAUGUUGUAGGCUCCUACUUCACUAUAAUUCUGGUCAUCUACAAGCAGUCAUUGUAUCCUCACUGUCCUCAUAACUCCCCAUACAACGUCUCCCCCAACACAAGGUGUGACUACCCAGAGAAUCCCUGCUGGGUUGACUCCAUAGCAGUAUCACCACUACCAUCAACACGUGUUCAUCGUAUCAAUACUACCAUCAACACCAUCGUGUCAACACUACGACCAACACUAUCGUAUCAACACUACAAUCACCACAAUUGUGUCAACACUGCCACUAACACCAUCGUGUCAACUCUGCUACUAACACCAUCGUGUCAACAUUGCCACUAACACCAUCGUGUCAACACUGCCACUAACACCAUCGUAUCAACACUGCCACUAACACCAUUGUGUCCACACUACCACUAACACCAUCGUGUCAACUCUGCCACUAACACCAUCGUGUCCACACUGCCACUAAUACCAUUGUGUCAACACUGUCCACUAACACCAUCGUGUCAACACUGAAUCGUUCAGGACCCUGUACACCGUAUACGUUAGGCCCAUAUUGGAGUAUGCGGCACCAGAUUGGAACCCACACCUAGACAAGCACGUUAAGAAACUAGAGAAAGUGCAAAGGUUUACAACAAGACUAGUCCCAGAGCUAAGAGGUAUGUCCUACGAGAAGAGGUUAAGGGAAAUCAACCUGACAACACUGGAGGACAGGAGAGAUAGGGAGAACAUGAUAACGACAUGCAGAAUACUGAGAGGAAUUGACAAGUUGGACAAAGACAGGAUACUCCAGAGAUGGGACACAGCAACAAGGGGACACAGAUGAAUCACAAGGAUGUUAGGAAGUAUUUCUUCAGCCACAGAGUAGUCAGGAAGUGAAAUAGUUUGGGAAGCGAUGUAGUGGAGGCAGGAUGCAUACAUAGCUUUAAGCAGAGGUAUGAUAAGUUCACGGUUCAGGGAGAGUGACCUAGUAGCGACCAGUGAAGAGGCGGGGCCAGGAGCUAGGACUCGACCCCUGCAACCUCAACUAGGUGAGUACAACUAGGCGAGUACUGCCACUAAUACCGUCGUGUCCACACUGCCACUAACGCCAUUGUGUCCACACUUCCACUAACACCAUCAUGUCAACACUGCCACCAACAUUAUCGUGUCAACACUGCCACUAACACCAUCGUGUCAACACUGCCACCAGCACCAUCGUGUCAACACUGCCACCAGCACCAUCAUGUCAACACUGCCACCAGCACCAUCAUGUCAACACUGCCACCAACACCAUCGUGUCAACAUUGCCACUGUAUCAUGUUAUUUUGUCACCUCCGUUAUUUUAUUGCAAAUAUUUGAAUAAGAAGACUUCAGAAUAAAGUUUCUUGAUUCUGUUAAGAAUUGAAGAGUACUUGAUGUAAGCAAUUAAAGUUACUUAUUUUUCAUCGGCCAAGCUUGACUACUUCCUAUUCUCCAGACUGUAUAAUCCAUGCAUGUGUACUGUUUACUAUAUAUAUAUAUAUAUAAUAUAUAUAUAUAUAUAUAUAUAAUCGUCGUUCAGAGAGCAUGUUAAUAACAUAAUUGACACUGUAUAUGAUUUGCUGGUACAUCAGUAAUAGAGAGAUGGUGACCACUAUACUGCUUUUAAAUACAAUGUCAGCUCUGUACCUUUUUCGUCAUGAUGUAAAUAUUGAGGCAGGAAGUAAAACUCAAGGCUUAUCUUAAUGAAUAUUAUAGAUUUCUCAGGACUUUUUGUAUUGUGGACUUACCCACCACCACACUGUAGUGUGAACUUAUUCCACUCACAUCACCACCCACCACACUGCAUUAGUGAGAUGUAAAAACCAUUUCAAUAUUUCAAACAUUUGGUUUUUAUAUCUUAUUUUUCUGUAUUAUAAUUACGGAAUAAACUCUGAUGAGAAUUUUCAUUGCUAACUGAAUUGUAUAGUUACCAGAGCAGAGACUUGACCAAAAGUCAUUGAAAAUAAAGUUACCAGACCGGAGACUUGAUUUUAAUCACUGAGAAGGUAGUUACCAUACUAAAGGUCUGUCGUUAAGUCACUGAGAAUGUAGUUACAAGAACACACACUUGACCUUGUCACAACACUUCUCAGGUGGAGACAUGUAAUAUUUUAAGAUCUUUCUGGCAAUGAAGAUUUCGAGUUCGUAAACGAAUAAAUACAGAUAUUAAAAUUAGUGUCAGAAUGAAAUAAAGUUUUCUUUAUUAA